AUGAGGAGAAAAUCAACUGCAAAGAAGGAUAAAUCAUCACGAACAAGUACAAAUCCUUCAUCUCCUGCUUCAAUUAAAGGUUCAAAGCGUAAAAGCAAGAAAGCGAAAGGUGAAUCGAGUAAGGCAUUUACAAUGUCUGAGCUUCACACUGAUCCACUUCCUUCAAGUGGUGCUGCAACGCCUGUCGCUAAUCCUACAGUUAAGAAUGUUGAUACAUCUGGUAAGACUUCUGUUAAUUUAGGUCUUAAUAUACCAAAAUCUGAUAAAACCCAAGGUGUAGAGACCCCUGCUAUAUCUGGAAAUUUGGGGAAAAGUGUUCCUAACUCCCCUAUUGCUGUUGAUACUAAUAUUGGUGCUACUACUGAGACCAAUGCUGAUGUUCCUGAUGAGUCCCCCACAAAACUGGAAAACUUGGUGGACUAUUCUGAGUCUGAUGAGAGUCCCCAACCUAAGGGUGAUGAUAAAGAAACUGUUCCUGAUAAGGUUGUAAAUGAAAAUCCUGAGGUUAUAAUUGUUAAUGAAACAACUGUGAGUGAAAAGGCUGGAAAAGUUACUGGUAAGAAGCCCCUAUAUGGACCUCCAAAACCUGUGAGUAAGGUGAUCCCUAGAACAGAGGCUAAGAAAAGGAAAGCUCCACCAACUAGUGACUCUGAGUUUGAGCCAGAGACAGAUAUUGCUGCAUCUUGCAGCACAUCUAGAAAGAGUAUAGGAAGAAAGAAAGUUCCUCAAUCUGUCCCCUAUGCUCCCUUGGAUAAUGUAUCAUUCCAUCUGGAGAAUGGGUCUGCUAGAUGGAAAUUUGUGUAUCAUAUGAGGCUGGCUCUGGAAAGGAAUUUAAAAGAUGAUAUCCUUGAAUGUCCAAGUGUUGUUGAAGCCCUUGAGUAUACAGCAAGUCCUGAAUAUAGGCAGGUAUUUGUUCGUGGGAAAUGUGUUAAGUUCUCACCAACUGUGAUCAACCAAUAUUUGCAAAGAAAUUCUGAUGAAGUGGCUGCUUUGAAAGUCACAGACAGUGAGGUCUGCAAGGUCCUCACAGGUGGCAGGAUAAAGGUGAUGUGGCCAGAGGAUUGGGAAAGUUCAUUUAUGAUGUGGGUACCAAGGCAAAAUUUGAUUAUGGGUCCUAUUUCUUUCAAGAAACUUUAA